ACCAUUCUAAAGUUCAUAGAAAAGGUGUGUGGAGUUUUCCCGAGCUGACAGGAAACUAGGAAUAGUUGCAUGGGAAUUUUUGCAACAAAGGAGAAGCAACGUGGUAUCAUACUCAGUUAUUUAGGGAGAAUAUAACUCAAUGCCUCCUCUUUGGAAACUACGCCCUUAAGAAUCCAUGGACCCUAUUUGCCAACAGCUGACUUUUUGUAAGAAGUGCUGCGCUUUAUGGCUGUUGUUGAAGUUGUGAAGUGCAAUACAAGCUGGAUUCAAAUUAACGUCUUUCGUUGUGCGAUCAAAAUAUCUACACAGUUUAAUUUUUACAAUUCAGGUAACGUCCAUUAUUCAAGCCCCAUCGUUUUUGCUUAACCCAGACAGUUAGUGCUGAAUCUUCCAACCCUGCACCAUGAGUUUUGCCAAGCUCUUAGACCACGUCGGGGGGAUGGGUCGCUUCCAAAUCAUCUAUGCGAUCUUACUGGCUAUCCCAGUUUUCAUAAUAGCCAGCCAUAACCUCCUGCAGAACUUCACUGCUGCCAUCUCUGAGCACCACUGCCAGGUCCAUAUCAACAUCAACAACACUCCUUACACCAACCUCACCGGAAAGCUCGCUGCCAAGGACCUCCUCAGGGUCUCCAUCCCCAUGGACAGCGACCAGCAGCCAGAGAAGUGUCACCGCUUUGUCACCACGCAGUGGCAGCUCCUAGACUCCAACGCCACAGUCACAAACCUAACUGAGCUGGAGACUGAACCCUGCGCUGAUGGGUGGGUGUACGACAAGAGCAUUUUCACCAGCACCAUCAUUACAGAGCUCACCUCAAUUGAUUGGCCUCUUGCAGUCAGUAUGGCUACUUCCAUCUGUUCAUGUUCUCUGUAUGUACAAAUAUCUUUUUUCUGUGUGUUCCAUUCUAUGCAUCCGAUGAAGUGGGCUGUAGCCCACGAAAGCUUAUGCUCAAAUAAAUUUGUUAGUCUCUAAGGUG